AUGUCAGCUCAGCAAGACUUGCAAGAGCUCUUGCGGCUUAUUACCAUCGUCCGCAAGACCCCCAUGCUGCAGGCGAUGGGCCAGGUCAAGGCCCUCCAGACGGCCGAUCUCAAGAGCAUCAAACAAAUCGCCGAAGCACCCCUAGAAACGGUACAAGCCGCUCUUAAAGACGACAAGGCCGCCCGGCCACUUCACAACGCCUGCAAAGCAGCUCUCAAGCGGGCCGCAUCCACCACAUCCACCAAACGCGGAGCACCAGACUCAACCGCCACAGUAACCUCCCCCAAACGGACCAAGACAACCACCAACCCGUUCAUGCCCAGGUCCGCCGAGCUCACCCCGCAAGAAUUCGAAGCCUCCCUCGAACUACCAUUAUGUCUCGACGAAGAACGCAUCGCCAACACCGUAAUCGAAACCAACCGCGCGCCGCUGGUGCUCGCGUUCGCCGUGGAAGCGCUGCGGCACACGAUGCCCGACCAGCCGCUGUCGAGUCGGCUGAGUCUGGGCCAGGCGGUGGUGAGCGCGAAUUCGCGGUCGAAGGCGGUCAGUUUGGGGUUGAAUCGGGGGCCGAGUGCGGAGGAGGAAGGGUGGGGGGAGGGCCAGCCGAGGGUGAAGGUGUUGGGGAGGGAGGUGGCGGUUUUGAAGAGGGGGGGUUAUGAGUGGAGGGAGAGUGCCACUACGACUACGGCUACGGAUACGGCUACAACAGGCGAGGGGCAGGGGGGUGAAGGGUCGGCAGCAGAGACGAGAACGGUGACAUCACCACAAGUCAAAACCGAACAACACAUCACUACACCCACCAGCAACAACCCCCUAACAAUCACAGCCCACAAACCCACCUGGUCCACCAGCCAACCCAUCACCCUCAAAGACUCGACCUUCAUCGCCCGCGCCACUACCAUCACCGACCCCUCCCAGCGCAAGGCCCUCAUCGACGCCCUCCUCCACGACAUCCCCCACCUCCAAACGGCCAGCCACAACGCCUGGGCCUACCGCAUCUGUCCGCCCCGCGCCAACUUCUUCACUCCCUCUUCCGGCUCUGGAUCUACUUCGACCCGCAUCCGCGAGGACUCCUUCGACGACGGCGAAACAGGCAGCGGCAACCUCAUCCUGCGCAUCCUCCGCGAGCACGGUGCUGGCGAUAACACACUCGUGGUACUAACCCGCUGGUUCGGCGGGACGAUGCUGGGACCGGACAGGUGGCGAUUGAUGCAGGAUUGUGUAUCAGGCGCCCUGGCGGAACGGUUGCGGAAGACCGGGGAUGAAGUGGUGGUUAAUCGGGGGGAGGCGUUGUGGGGGUUGGAUUUGGAGGAUGCGAGGAGGAAGAAUGCGCAGGUGGUGGGUAUGCCGGUUCAUCGGCCGGAGGGGGCGAGGGGGUAUUUGUUGAGGAGUUUUGGGAGGGGGGUUGUGAAGGUGGGGGGAGAAGGAGAGGCAGAGGCAGAGGAGAAGAGUACGAAGAAACCAAAGGUGAAGACGAUAAAGGAGACGGAGGCAGAGAAAGAGGAGAAUCUGGGGUUAUUACUCGGGGCGCUGAGGUUGGUGUUUGAUAGCUGGGCGGGGCAUAUCAGUGCCGUUGAGCUGGACCGGCGAGCAUGGAGUUGGUACGUUGCGGUGAGACCCGAUGUGGAAAGUGGACAGGCGGGCUGGGGCGCGAAGGGGAAGCUUAAGUUGAGUGAUGUGUUGAAGUUGAGGAGGUAUAAGGACUCAAACUCAUAUUGA